CCACGAUUGGUCAUGUAUGGAAGAUUCCAUGUACACAAAAGUGGGGGGCCAGUUUUACCUAUAAACAGGGUGGAGUGUGACCAGCGCCCCUUGAAGAGCGCCCUCUAGUGCAGAAACUCCCCCUGGACCCAGCCGAUCAGCUCUGAGCCAGUAAGAAGUCCAGCCUCAAACGUCUCCGCAAAGAUAGUAGGAGCCUGCGGCAUGCAUCCUGACCAUCAGGAAACUCUAAAAAGGAACCGAGUGGUCCUGGCCAAGCAGCUGUUGCUGAGUGAACUGUUAGAACACCUGCUGGAGAAGGACAUCAUUACUUUGGAAAUGCGAGAGCUCAUCCAGGCUAAAGUGGGCAGUUUCAACCAGAAUGUGGAACUCCUCAACUUGUUGCCCAAGAGGGGUCCUGAGGCUUUUGAUGCUUUCUGUACAGCACUAAGAGAGACAAAGCAGGGUCACCUAGAAGAUCUGUUGCUCACAACCCUCUCUGAUCUUCAGCACGUACUUCCACCGUUGAGCUGUGACUAUGAUGUGAGUCUCCCUUUCCCAGUGUGUGAGUCCUGUUCACCUCACAAGCAGCUCCGCCUGUCAUCAGAUGUGGUAGAGCACUCUCUAGAUAAUGGUGAUGGUCCUCCUUGCCUCCAGGUGAAGCCUUGUACCCCUGAGUUUUAUCAAACACAUCACCAGCAGGCCUAUCGGUUGCAGUCCCGGCCUCGAGGCCUGGCACUGGUGCUGAGCAAUGUGCACUUCACCGGCGAGAAAGACUUGGAGUUGCGCUCUGGAGGGGAGGUGGACUAUAGUACCUUGGUCACCCUCUUCAAGCUUCUGGGCUAUGAUAUCCAUGUCCUGCAUGACCAGACUGCACAGGAAAUGCAAGAGAAACUCCAGAGUUUUGCACAGUUACCUGCACACCGGGCCACAGACUCCUGUGUUGUGGUGCUUCUCUCGCAUGGUGUGGAGGGCAGCGUCUACGGUGUGGAUGGCAAACUGCUGCAGCUCCAAGAGGUUUUUCGGCUUUUUGACAAUGCCAAUUGCCCGAGCCUGCAGAACAAGCCGAAGAUGUUCUUCAUCCAGGCCUGCCGUGGAGAUGAGACUGAUCGUGGGGUUGACCAGCUAGAUGGAAAAGACCAUGCAACGUCCCCUGAGUGCGAGGAGAGUGACGCUGGUAAAGAGGAGCUGCUGAAGAUGAGAUUGCCCACGCAGUCGGAUAUGAUAUGUGGCUAUGCCUGCUUGAAAGGAACUGCUGCCAUGCGUAACACUAAACGGGGAUCCUGGUACAUUGAGGCGCUCGCUCAGGUGUUCUCUGAGAGGGCCUGUGACAUGCAUGUGGCCGACAUGCUAGUUAAGGUGAAUGCCCUUAUCAAGGAGCGUGAGGGCUACGCCCCUGGCACAGAGUUCCACCGAUGCAAGGAAAUGUCGGAGUACUGUAGCACUCUGUGCCGUCCCCUCUACCUGUUCCCGGGGUACCCUCCCACGUGAUGCCACUUCCCUGUUGGCCAUGCUGUUGGAGGCCUUGGACUGCCAGAGGAUGUCAGAGCCUUUUCUCUUCAGGACACAUGGUUUCUGUUUUGCCCCCUCAGGGAUAUGGGACUCCCCCAGGCAUGUUUCCUGUGCCCAUCAUUGCCACCUUUGCGAAUAGGACUCUAGACCUGCUCCUCCUGUGUGAAGCACUCUGCUUUAGGGCCGGUUCUGGCUGGACUAAUUGCCGGCUGCAGAAAAAGAGCCUGGCAAGUGAUGCUGUGGACUCAGUAUCAUCAUGGGGAGAAGGCAGGGGGGUUCCCCAAUGUUUGUGUUAUUUCUGCCCCCCAGGCUUUUGUCAGGAGCACUUUGGUCAUUACUUGUGUUAUGUUAGUUGAGGAGAUUGCCUCCUAUCUGUUCUUUGAUUUGCGUGACCCCAUUUGUCCCCAGAGUGAGAGCUUGGAAGGUGUCCCAGUUUAAUGUAGACACUUCUGUUUGGCUUUGAAGAAGCAAACAUAACUGAGAUCCACCCUGCUGCUGUGAGCAGAAGUGCCUGUGGUUCCUUCAGGACUGCCAGCCCCAGGGAAGGACAACCUUUGAACACCUCCACCCUCAGUUCUUUUGGGCUCUAGCUGCCCAGCCUUUCAACAGAGGUAGGGUCCUCGUGCCUCGCUCGCCCCGGAAGUCUUAAAGGGCUUCCACAGUCACUCCCUGAGCUGUUCCUGAAAGGAACCUUGUGAGGAGUGUUGGCAGAAUGCGGGGAGGAAGGGCACGGCUCCUCUCCCUGUGACCUUUCUCCCUCCUGCAGGGUGUCCCUUUUUCCUCCUUUUAUUUUCAUGCACUUAAACUUCAGCUUCCCAGGUGUUACCACUCCACUUCAUGUCCCUCUCCCUUUUACCUUGGUUCUCUUCUGCCCCCUUGCCUAUCUGAAACUGUCUUGCAUGGGUCAGAUUUCUGCUCAAGUGUGUAAUGUGCUACCUUCUUCCAGCCUCCUGCUUCAGAGUCAGACCCCUUUGGUUUUAUGUGAGCAUUGCUCCUCUUUAUCUCUGCUUCAGUGAAACCCUGCUAUUCUUUAAAGAUCUUUUUUUUUUUUUUUUGUUCCGGGAAUUGAAGGACCUUCUUUUUCAUUUCUGUUCCUACCCUCUUCAAUCUAUUCUUUACAUAACAGUUUUUGGCUUUUAAAUGCAAAUGUAAUGCCACUCUGCUGCUUGGAACUCUUGCCUUCCCUUCUACACCUUGUAUAAAACACAAAAUCCUUGUCCCUGAUUCAUGAGACCUGGCUUUGCCUUGUCCUUUAAUCUCACUAACAGGUGAUUUCUCAUUAUGUUCUGGCCCCAGUGACCUCAGCCCAUUUUCUCCAGCACAUUGAGCUCUCCAUUCCCACUCCAUUCUGGCUGGGGAAGCAUCUUAUUCUUUGUGGAGCCCUUCCAAGCCAUUCUGUCUGUGGACAGCCCUCUCCCUUUCCUACUGCAUCCUGGUUAAUUCCUUCGUUGCACUUAUGUGAUUUGUAAUUAUAUAUAUGUUUAGUUUACUAGUUCAUUUUGCCGCCUUUACUAGGCUACAGGCUUGAAGAGGGCCGAAAUCUGGCUCUUUUAGCAGUAUGUACCCAGUACCUGGCACAUACUGGUCCUCCAUAAAUGUUUAUGAAAGAGGGAAGAAAGAAGCACCCAACCAUAGCUAAAAUCCUUUUUGACAGAAUUUCCCUUUUGAUCAUAUAGAGUUUAGUAUUUGUACCCUUUUUAAGUUUUUCCAGGUGUUUUUUUUUUCUGGGUGUUUUGUUUUUAUCCACUGGUAUUUUUAGCUUCUUGAAGAAGUUUCAGGUGUGAGAUAACUUCCUUCACAUCUCAGAGUGCCUAGCAAAGCGCUAGGCCAAUAGCAGUCAAGGUGCUUGAUAAAUGUUUGUUCUGUGAGCCAGAUGGUUUGAAGACUUGGUGUCAAGUCCUGCCUUUUUGGUCUGUAUAGGAUGGAUGUAUUUUAGUGAUACAACCUCCCCAUUUUCCACUGCCAAGACUUUUUUGUAUAGCUAUCAGGUGCCAAAUAAAUGUUCCUAUUUGUUA